GCAGAAGUCUCUCGGUCUCCAGAGGUGCCCUUGUGUGAGAUCAGUUCGUGGCGGUAGGAGAGGUGAGGCAGUGAGGGCGCAGUUUGGUGGGAAUCUGGUAGUUGCUGAAGAUUAACCCAACUCAGAGUGACUUCAAAAUUUGAGAGUGAGGAGUGAUGAAUUUCUUCCAGAGGAUGCUGCUCCCAGCUGCUUCCAGAAGAGAGAAAAUGGACAGCUUUCCACUCUUCCUGUGUGCUCUCCAGAGCAAACUGCCAUGCAAACUGCAGCACCAGUGGACAACUGGUGCAGCAUCAAUGUUGUUGUAGUGACAAGUGCAAAGCCCAAAAAUAUAUGGGCUGCUGUGAGGAAAGUUAACUGCAUCCCAACCAGCUUCAAUACACUCUCCAGCAUACACAUUUUGCACAGUCUGCCUGCUUCUUAGAUCUUCCUUUCCCAGCCCCAUGCCUGUCUCAUUGCUGUUUACCCUCUGCUACCAUCUAACGGCCAUCUCAUGCAUUUCCCUGAUCAUGGGAGAUCUGCAGAACAGAGUCACCGAAUGGUUCGGGUUCAUGCCCCCGCCCACAGUCCUUCUCCCAGAGCCCUCUCUUGCCAUCCUGCACCACGCAGUGACAGAAGCUGAUGCUGCCAGCUUUCCUACAGGCUCUGCUGCCCAGCAUCUCUCUGCAGAGCUGCUCUCCCUGCUCGACUGAGAAGCACCGUUGGGAUGCUCGGUGUGGCAUGUCUUCCCUCCCCCGCUUCCACCCACAGGCGUUUGGAGGAUGCCUCAGGCCUGCUGAGAGGAUGGACGUCGUCCUCACAGCCCUUGAAGCGAUGGUCGACUCCAGCAUCUAUGACAAGGAGGUGGCCUGCAGUGUGAUGGCCGUGGCCAUGGAAGACCACGCCUUCUGGCUAUCAGAUGUAAGCACCUUGGAGAAGGUUUUGAAGGAGCUGACCAAGGGCUCACAGCUGAGCAGGCUGCUAGAAGGAGUCACAGAAGACACGUGCAUCCUCUUCUUGGCUCUAAUGGCAAAGAGUGAAGAUAAUGAAGACUUUUUGGGUGACCUACGCCACCUCAAGACUUAUCUGAAGCAUCCAAGUGUGGAGAUGCGCACAGUGGUGCUCAGAGGGCUUGUCAUACUCUCCGAGACACGGGAGAAGGCAAGAAAAAUGGAGGUCGUGCUGCCAGAGAUCAUGGCCACCCUGCAGGCUGCCAGCGCAGACGUCAAGAUGAAGGCCCUGUUUGUCAUCCAAAACAUCAUGGGCCACGUGAAGAGGAAGGAGGCCAGCUCCAUCGCUGUGCAGCACGCUGAGGAGCUCCUGCCUCUCUUUGUCGAUGGAGAAAAUAAGGACAUUCUCGCUCUUUCUAGCAAAAGAUCAUCGGAGUUGUAAAAAAGUUCAGCAGACAGGCAGGGAGAGAACUGAAAGAUUGUAACUACUCAUACCAGACAGAGCCUCUCAACAUGAUCA